AUGUCAGAAGAAUCUCCUGAAGUUCUAUUGAUAUCUUUCGCUAUAAUAACUUCUACAAUUUAUUUAUCAUGUUCGAUGUUUCAACUUGUUGUAACAAUUGCUUAUGUUCUAAAAGUCAAAAAAGAUUCGAAAUUGAGUUUUUCCGAAUUAACGGUAAUUUUUGAAAUAUUUUUUGGAUCGGAAUAAUUUUUUUAUUUGGCUAGAUAUCUCAAUAUUUCUAUGAAACACCGACAAAAUAUCGAAAGCGAAAAGUUUUUGUGGCUCAAAAGGGCAAACUUAUUGUGCAUGGAAAUGAGAAUGUUAUGUCGAAUCCAGAUCCAGAAGAAUAA